AAAAUUUUUAUCCCAUUCAACCGAACCGUGUCCACCAAAAUUAAAGCUCCACGGCUCGGCGUACAAUCAACCAAUUUGCCAUGGCAAUCACCGUAGAUGUCGUUUCCCGCAGGACCGUGAAACCCUCCACUCCGACCCCUCCCCAUCUCCGCUCCUACCAGCUCUGCUGGAUCGAUCAGAUCACCCCCGUCUACCACCUCCCCGUCGUCUUCUUCUACUCUGCCGCCGACGCCGACGCCGAUCUCGAAAUUUUGAAAUCUUCGUUGUCGACUGCGCUAGCCAGUUUCUAUCCGCUCGCCGGCAGGAUGAGCGGCAACUCCAUCGUCGACUGCGGCGAUCAGGGCGUUGACUUCUUGGAAGCCCGCGCGCCCGGCGCCGACCUCUCGGAGAUUCUGAGCUCCGACGAACCCGAUCUCGACGAGGUGAAGAAGUUCCUCCCUUGUAGCAAAGGCGAGGCCUCUUGCUGUGACUCUGAGCCGACAGUCAUUCUCUCGGUGCAAGCCACCGUAUUCCGAUGCGGCGGCAUUGCCGUCGGCCUCUGCGUCUCGCACAAGAUCGCCGACGGCCGAUCGCUAUUCUCGUUUCUGCAAGCGUGGGCCGCGGCGGCCAGAGGUUCCUCCUCGUCCGAGAAUUCCCCGUCGUUCGACGGCGCUGCUGUUUUUCCGCCGAAUGCGAAUGCAGUUCCGUACGAGGGCGAGAAACCGCCGGAGAACAAGCCGCCGCAGGUCCGGAAGCGGUUCGUGCUCGACGGGCCGAGAAUCGCGGCGCUGAGGGAGAAGACGGCGUCUUCGGCGACGACGCGAUUCCAGGCGGUGGCGGGGCUCGUCUGGCGGUCCGCAUUGCGGGCGCGGCCCCGCGCGCGCGCGGCGGUGGCGACGCUGGUUUUGGACUCGCGGUCGCGGACGGAGCCGCCGACCCCGAUCGGCUCCUUCGGCAACCGCUGCAUAGCGAUUCUCGUCGGCAUUCCGAGAGAUGUGGUGGAGAACGUUGCGUCCGACGUGACUAAUGAAAGCGCAAACAACGUGCUGGAGGCGGAGAUGGGCGCCGCGGUGGAGGGAGUGGACGCCGAGUACGUGCGGCGGCUGCAGGGCGAGGACGGGUGGCUGAGGGCGUCGGAGCUGACCUUGGAGGAGGUGCAGAAGUGCGGCGGGUUGGCGGAGGCGGGGUUCGAUAUGAACAUCUUCAGCAGCUGGCUGCGGCUGCCGGUGUACGAGGUGGACUUCGGGUGGGGGCCGGCGGCGUGGGCCUGCACGACGCUGCUGGGGCCCAGCGCCAUGGUGGUGCUGCCGCGGCCGCCCUCCGCGGGGGACCCGCAGGGGAUGGAGGUCUGGGCGUCGCUGGGGGAGGACGAGAUGGCGGAGCUCCAGCGGGAGCUGGACAAGCUGGUCCCCCUGAACCCGGUCCACCACGUCGGCCAGCCGUGAACCAGGAUCUGCGUUGCGUAGUUCUCUUCCUCCGUCAAAUUUCUGCAUUGAAAUUUGACUUUUUUAUAUCCAUAUUCGAAGUUCUAUCCAUUUAGCCUUCAAUUAACUUGUGACUUUCGAAUUUAAAUUUGAAUAAAUUUUGAGUGUUCAUAUAGAGG